AUGUCUCCACCGACCACGCAAAAAGAUGAGGAAGCCAAGGCAGACAUUACCGGUCAUGUGAAUGUCUUUGAUGCCUCAAGUGAUGAGAUUAGCUUCACAGCCUUGGUCGCUGAAGACCACAAGCACGAUAUAAAACUUAGAACCAUGACUUGGCAAAAGGCCGCCUGGCUUCUUGCUGGAGAUCAAGUGUGCCUAGCUAUAAUGGCUCAGUCAUGGUCUCUGAGCGUCUUGGGAUGGGUCCCUGGGCUCCUCACCAUGUUUCUUGCAGGCUUGUUCUUCUGGAUUACCAGCAUAACAAUGCACAAGUAUAUAAUGAAGCAUCCUCAUAUCAAGGAUAUCUGUGACUUCGGGUUUCAAGUAUUUGGGAAAAGCCGACUUGCAUACGAAUUCAGUGGCUGUAUGCUGCUUGCGAACAACAUCCUUCUCAUCGGCUUCCAUGUCCUCACUGGCGCCAAGGUGAUCAAUACCCUUUCUGAUCACUCGCUGUGCACUGUCGACUUUUCAGUGAUCGUCACAAUUAUGGGCAUCGUCAUGUCUAUUCCACGAACGCUUAAGCAUGUCUCUUUUAUGUCCAUGUUCUCAGCAGCUUGCAUGGGGAUUGCAAUUCUUCUCUUCCUCAUCUUCGCUGGCAUUGAGCCUGCUCCUCUCUACGGUUAUAAUGGUGACUAUCCUACUGCCGGCCCUGUCAAAACUUACGCAUUUCCUCCCGCGGGCACAACCUGGGUCGCAUGUAUGAAUGCGGUUCUGAAUAUCACCUUCCUCUGGGUCCCUCAGAUACUUUUUCCCACCUUUAUUUCGGAGAUGGAGCACCCCGAAGAUUUUCCCAAGUCCCUUGCUGUUCUCACAGGCAUUUCAGUCAUACUCUUCAUCGUUCCUCCGGCCAUCGGAUUCAGAUACCUCGGGCAGUACGCUACCGCGCCAGCGUUCGGCUCGCUUGGUGUCGUUGCAUACAAAAAAGCUUCUUUUGCGUUUGUAAUUGUUCCGACCCUCGUGAUUGGUGUUAUUUACGCCAACGUGACGGCAAAAUUUAUCUACUUCCGUCUGAUGGGCAAAUCGCGGCAUGCGCACAGCAACACACUUCUCGGCUGGGGAGCCUGGAUUGCAGUCAUGGUUGGUAUUUGGGCUAUUGGAUUUGUUUUCGCUGAGAUCAUUCCCAGUAUGGGUGAUUUCCUGUCCCUGCUUGGUGCUGCUUUUGACUCCUUCUUUGGUUUCAUUUAUUUUGCCGUUGCGUACUGGCAGCUAUAUAAGGGCAAUCUGUUCUCUGGGGCGGGAAGGGGAUACAAGACCUGCGUUUAG